CAUGAGGUUGUGAUUGACGAGAAAGGAAACACCGCUAAAUUAUUCACCAGCUACGAAACAAAGGGUAUCAUUGGAAAUGAUGGUCGACAUUAUGUACUCGAUCUGUUACGGACUAUGCCACCGGAUGUACAUUACUUGCAAGACGCUGAGGUCACAGAGAAGUCUAAGCAGAUGGGCUUUCCUCGUCCAUUCCCGCAUAAGCUUGCGACGCUUCGUCAAGAACUUGUUGAUAUCUUCCAUGAGGCUCGUUGUAUGCAAUUCAUCAAAAUGGCAGCCGCACAUGUUCGGCAACAGCUGAACGCUAGCAAGGAAAGCCAAGAAUCAGUGGAUAUUGAGAACGAAGUUACAAGAGCACUAGUUGAAGUUAGUGAAGGGCGAGAUCCCCUUACCACUUGCAAUAUCACAAAAGAAGCAUUGUCUAAGGCUGCUGAAGCUGUGCACUCAUUGCGCCCAGACACAUUUGACGUUCGGUUCAAUCCUGACUGUUUCUCCAACACUGUGAAACAUGCUCCUGGAGAGGAUCUAGAGAAGCAGAGAAGGCUUGUCAUGGAAGCAGCUGAGUUCUUGGUCACAUGUCAGCUUCCGGAGUUCGUAUCGAGCUGUGUAGAUGCAUCAAUAACACCAAUAGAUGGAGAAAGCCUUUGUGAUUUGAUGCAUGCUCGUGGUAUCAAUGUCCGAUACUUGGGCGAUAUCGUGAGGAUG